AUGGAUUCGCCAGAGCGCGCGGCGCUGCUUGCUUCGCCUCCGCAGCAGCAGCAGCAGCAGCAGCAGCGGGGUGUGGGGUGUCUGUACACCGCAGGGCUGGCAGUGGGUCCUGGAGACUCCUUUUUGUUGAGUUGCGGAGAUGACAAAAAAAUAAAACAAUUUAAAAUAAAAAAAGAAUUUUAUUUGUCUUCUUGGGACGCAGAAGCAGCAGCAGAGCUGCAGCGCGACGAGGGUUUGCUGCAGCAGCUCCCCGACAAAGACCACCUCACCUGCUCCGGCCUAGACCCCCAAGCUGCAGCGAGAUCUUUUUCCUUCAAUUCCAUUCUUUCGCCUUCAUUUGGUGGCAGCAAAUGGGAGUUUGUUUCCCAGGCCCAGGCCCAGGCCCAGGUGAGCACUGGGGAGGCUGUGGAGCUGUGGGAGCCAAACCGCUCCGUCCCCCUCCAGACUUUCUCCUGGGCCUCUGACGGCGUCUACUGCGCCAAGUUCAAUCCUUCAGAGAUGAAGACAAACGCCUUGAGUUGGAACCCUCAGGAGCCGCUGAACUUCACAGCAGCAAACGAAGAUGGGUGUUUAUACACUUUCGACAUGCGGCGGCUUUCGGAGGCCUCGAGGGUUCACAAGGACUUCGUCAACGCCGUGCUGGACGUGGACUAUUCGCCGACGGGCCAGGAGUUCGUGGCUGCUUCUUUUGAUGGGACUUUGAGAAUUUUCAAAACGCAAGAAGGCCGCAGCAGAGACGUUUACCACACCCGGCGCAUGCAGAGGCAAGGCGACCGCUCCCCGCAGCACCAGCAGCAGCAGCUGCAGCAGCAGCAGCAGCAGCAGCUGCAGCAGCAGCAGCAGCAGCAGCAGCAGCAGCAGCAGCAGCAGCAAGGGCACCACCACGUGCCCAAGUUGAUUAAGAAGACGCAGGAGAAGAAACGAAUUAUGAAGGAGGCGGCGAAGAGGAGGGAGGACAACCGCAUUGCCCACUCGAAGCCCGGGACAGUCAAGCGGGUGGCGGAGCGCAAGAAGUCCAUUUACAGAGAAAUAGAAUAA